UGACGUCAUAAUACUAACUUUUCCUGGAUAUUGUUUGUCCAGGCAGCAGAAUAAAAGAGCAGCGCCAUCAACCACCCAAGCUAAAGUAUCUCUGGAAAGUAUUCCAGCAAAAAUUUCUGCUCGACGAGAAACAAUCAUCAGCUCUAGUUUUAAACCAGGCUCAACAAUGACCACCAACAUGGCCUCUUGUCCAGUUGCUUUCCGCGUCGCCCAAGCAGUUGGCUUAUCUGGCGCAGCCUGGCUCUCCGGCAACAUCGCCGCCUACAGCCUAAACGUCGCACCCUCCCUCCUCACCUCCGCCAAAGAAAGCAACUUACCCCCCUCUACACUUGCAAAACUAUGGCGAAACAUUUAUCACCUAGGCUCAGUACAGAACCCACCCAUCGCCCUCACCACUGCCGCCGCAUUCUUCUACCUCGCCUGGUCCGUCCGUUCCGGAACCGCCCUUUUCCGCCAGACAGCUGAAAACGCAGCAACGUUAUACUGCGCUGCCGCUGUGCUCACUUUAUCCAUUGUCCCGUUCACCCUAAUUGCGAUGACGAAGACGAAUAGGGCACUGCUGGAGCAGGCGAAGGUGGUCGAGUCGGAGCCGACGGUGGUCAAGGUGGGCGCGAGGGAGGAGACGGAGCAACUUAUUUGUCGUUGGAUAGGACUUAAUGGAGCGCGAAGCUUAUUUCCGUUGGCUGGGGUUUUGGUGGGUUUGUAUGCCGCCUUAUGGUGAGGGGGUCCGGCAUUUUUAUAGUGCUUCUGUAGGGAACCAUCGGGCUGUGGAGAUGGUGGGUUUGGGAUCCCCUUCGGUGAUUGUCAUUUUGACAUUGACUUUUGGUCAUUUUUGUUUUGUUCCUCGGGAAUGGCACAAGAAAGCCGGGCUUAUUCGAACAAUUAGUCUAGAUUGUAUAUUAAACGCGGUAACAAAAUUUUGAUGUUUGAUGCUCUUUUAUAAUUGUAUUAAGAAUGAAGAUAAAUCUGGACUCCAAUAAGCAAUCAGGCAUCCUUCCGCUCGGUAAUAAUAAUAUGUAGCAGGUUGUUAAAUCGUAGUUUAGCGGCGGACGGUUCGCUCAUCACAUCAGUGCUAUCAAUGAGAUGAUCGCGUCCCACUCCCACCACAACAUUCUGCGUUGUAUUUGGGUUUAUCAAAGAGUAUCUAUCCGCGAGA